AUGGCCCUUUCAGUGAUACCCUCAUUUUCCACGCGCAUCCGUAGGAUGUCUCGAUCUUCCUCGGAUUCCAGUGCACUUUCCAAGACGGCAAAGUUCGAGACGAAACGGCUUUCUGGUCCGAACUGCUGGGCCUGCAAUACCUGCUCGCCACAUAUUUGUCGUGUUGUUGCCCAGGAAGAUAUUCAGCAUGGCAAUCCCGUGGCUCCAUUUAGGCGAGCAAUGGCUGCCCUUGGAAGUCCAAGCUUCAAUGUCGUAGAUGCGGGAAUUCGGCGGCAAUUAACACAGAUGUUUGACUUAUACUUUGGCGAUGAGUCGGCCACCCCAAUUGAUCAACAUCUUCGAGACAUCUACAAGUUAGAUUUGCAACCGGCAAGCAAGAGACCGCGAGAUGAGGAAGACGAUUCAGCAGGGGACCUGCACAAACGACUGAAGGAGAAGACCAUUUUGGCUGGUGUGAAAACUGGGGGGCCAACAGGCUCCGGGACAAAGUUUCAGGCACGUCAGGAACAAUUUAUUCUGGGACCGAGCACGACGGCUAGUGAAGUUAUACAGCGCUAUGCUUCUGUUUUGGCAGCUUCUAGCUCCUUUCUGGAUGAAUGA